AGUAAUGAGACCCGGUGCAAAUCAUUACAAUAAUGCACAGAAAUUACAGAAUAAAGUGAAUCACUUAUUACACGGAAAAUUUAAAAAUCCGCUCGAAUUAUUACGUAAUAAUAUUCAGGAAAUAUUGUAAAAUUAAAUUAUUUUCUUUAGAAAAUUCUAUAUUUAUUUCUUAUACGUAUGUUUCCAACGAAUUUGCAAAUACUACGCGAAUACUAUAUACAUCGCCAAAUAAUUAAUCGGUACAUGUUUGAAGAAAGCUAGUCAUUGAAAUUACAAACACGAUAUUUAAAUAAUGUAGGCAAUUAUAAUGUAUUAAGAAAGAUAAAGAAGGAAAAGGGAAAGAUUAUUAACAGUAAAAGUCAGUCUCUGAAUAUUGUCAUUAAAAUCCUAUUUUGAGAUUUUAUCUCGAAUGAAUCGUAAAAGCCACUCUAAGUUGGAGCCGUAACGAAUUUUUAUGCAGACAGUUAUUUACUAAAUUAAUCACAUGAUUAAAGCACAAAAUCGCAGUGUAAACGUUACUAUCUCGUAACACAAUUUGAAGGAAUGUCUAUUUACGUCCAAAAUGUGGAAAAACAUAACUCCGAAAUCAUACAGUUGCAACACGGGGAAGAACUAAACGACAGAUCGAGUCAUCCUUGAAUCGGUUUUUUUAUGACACGUUCUAAGUCGGUACGAAUAAAAAGUACGCGGUGCUGUUGCACCUAACGCAGUACCUGUUGAUACGUUUUCACGUCAAGGAUCUCGUGUUCGCUGUUCACUGGGAAAAUCUGAAGAGAUGGCACGCUACGCGGAAGAUGUGUACUACGAGUUCGCAAUCAAGUUGACUCAUGAUGCCGCACAAAUACUCAAGGCAGCUAUCAAUGGUGCAAAAAAUGUCGAUGAGAAGCAAGGUAAUUGGGACUUGGUAACAGAAUACGAUCGAAAGAUAGAGGAGGUGGUCAUUGGUCAACUAAAAUCGAAGUUUCCAGGCCACAGAUUUAUCGGUGAAGAAUCGACUGGAAAAGAUCUUCCAGAGUUGACGGAUGAUCCGACGUGGAUCAUUGAUCCAAUCGAUGGUACUACCAACUUUAUUCAUGGUCUCCCUCUCACUUGUGUCGUAAUCGGUUUGGCGAUUAAUAAAGAAAUGGUGAUUGGCAUCGUUUACAACCCUGUUCUUGAACAACUAUUCACAGCGAGGAAGGGUCGCGGCGCAUUUUUAAACAACAAACCUAUAAAGGUCUCUAAUGUUCAAGAUUUGUCGAAAGCUUUGGUUUGCAUGGAAAGUGGUUUCAUAAAAGUGCAUCACAUGAGGGAAAAGACUAUCGAAAGAAUAAGAACAAUCGCUCUAGAAGCUCAAGGCAUUCGCACACUUGGUGUAGCGGCAUUGACACUGUGUUAUGUCGCAAUGGGAACUGUCGAGGCUUAUUAUAUCGAGGGGCCAGGUAUUUCCACGUGGGAUAUUGCUGCGGCAUCGUUAAUUAUUUCCGAAGCAGGUGGUGUCGUUGUUGAUCGUGAAACAGGUGAAAAGAUUAACAUCAUGCAACCACGUGCAAUUGGAGCAUGCAAUGAGAAGAUUGCCGAUAAAUUGGUCAAACUUAUUCACGAAGCUGAUCAAAGAGCAAAAUAAAGAAACUAAUAAGUAAUUUUCAUCAUAAUUAUAACAAGAGUAGUUCCUAUUAGUUAUAUCUGACCUUUAAUAUAUAGACUAUAAUGUAAGAAUUGGGUGUAUAGAAUAAUAUAUAAGGAACAAAAAUAUUCAGAGAAAAAGUGAUUUAUAUCUCAGAAUUGAAAUACGUAAUAAAUAGGCUGCAGAUAUUUAUGCAACUGCAUAUUUGUAUAAAGCAAUUCAUAAUAAAAUAUGACCUAAAUAAAAAUUUAUAUCAUUUUUCAA